CCAUGCAGCGCUGAGGCGGCGGCAGUGGCGGCUUACUGGCAGCCCGGGGCCUAGUGGAAGUGGCCGGGCUGGCGCGGGCGGAGGGGGGCCCGGCGCCAUGGAGGGGAUGGACGUGGACUUGGACGCCGAGCUGAUGCAGAAGUUCAGCUGCUUAGGAACCACCGACAAGGACGUGCUCAUUGGCGAGUUCCAGCGGCUUCUCGGUUUCCAGCUUAGCCCCGCCGGCUGCGCCUUCUUCCUGGACAUGACGAACUGGAAUUUACAGGCAGCCAUUGGAGCUUACUAUGAUUUUGAGAGCCCAAACAUCAAUGUGCCCUCCAUGUCCUUUGUUGAAGAUGUGACCAUAGGAGAAGGAGAGUCCAUCCCUCCUGAUACUCAGUUUACAAAAACAUGGAGGAUACAAAACACAGGGACAGAAGCAUGGCCUCCGGGUGUUUGUCUUAAGUAUGUUGGUGGAGACCAGUUUGGCCAUGUGAAUAUGGUGAUGGUCCGAUCACUGGAGCCCCAAGAGAUUGCAGAUGUUAGUGUUCAGAUGUGCAGCCCCAGUACCGCGGGAAUGUAUCAAGGCCAGUGGCGAAUGUGCACUGCUACGGGGCUCUAUUACGGAGACAUCAUUUGGGUGAUUCUCAGUGUGGAAGUUGGAGGACUAUUAGGAGUAACGCAGCAGCUGUCAUCAUUUGAAACAGAAUUCAACACGCAACCACAUCGCAAGGUAGAAGGAAACUUUAACCCGUUCGCCUCUCCACAGAAGAACAGGCAACCAGAUGAAAACAACUUAAAAGACCCUGGGGGUUCCGAGCUAGACACAAUCAGCAAAAACACAUGGGGGCCUGCUCCUGACCAAAUUGAACAAGAUCAGACUGAACUGUCACAAAACUCUGUAAAUCUCUCCCCCAGCAGUCACUCGAACAACUUAUCAGUAGUGACAUACAGUAAGGUAGGUGCCCUAGGGGAACAGGAGAAUGGGGAAGUCAUGAGUCCAUGGCCUCUACUGUGAGAAUCUUCCUUGUGCCCCUUCCUGAUCUGCUCAUGAAGAGUCUGCAUUUGAGUGUUUAAUUUGCCACAUCCUUGUAUUUAAUUCAAAGCAAGUGAAAACACGGUCACGUUUAAAUGCUUAGUUAAACUAGCCUUCAUUGGUUGGUGCUUGCUGUUUAAGAAGACAAUUUACAAAGCUGCUUUUUAAUCAGAGUUUAAAAUUGGAAGUAUAUUUAGGUGGUAGAUUUCAUAAUAGAUUUAGACCAGCAGGGUCUGGAAGAUAAAUGAGAAUAUCCAGCAUAUGUUCUCUUUUUUAGUUUUAUCUUUUUGUUUUGCUGUUUUUAGCUUUAAUUAAUUAUUACUGGUUUGUGUCUGGAUUUUCAGGGAAAUUUUUAAUGCAGAAAUAUGUGUUAAAAUGUGUUGAAUCAGUAAAUACCCAUCACAUGGCAAUUAUAGGAAACAGGAGAGGGUUGUUAUAGCAGACUAUAUUUACAUUACUUCAACAUGCUUUAUUUUAUAUUACUCUGGGUCAUGUGUAAUUGCCAGUCAGUCUGAGUUGGGAAUAGAGAGAGUUAAAUUACUUAGUCAGCUGAACUUAGAAGGAAGGUAAUGAAAAUAGUGUAGUAAAGCAUGAUUUCAACUGCCCUUCAGCUGGCUGGGUAGUUGUAAACACAACAUUUCUAGGUAUAAUAGAUGGCACUGUCUUAAACAAUUAAUUAACAAGAAGAGAUACCGGAUCCUAAGUGUUGCUCAGAUUUUGGUGAAGCAUGUGUGAACUGUGGAAAUGUUUAGAAACAAAAGACCAUCAAUCACAGCCCUAUCAAACUAAGGACACAUUGUCCAGAAAGUCUAGCACUAUCAUAAUUUCAGGAGGGAGAAUUUCUCAAAAAUUAUUAAACGUUUUCCAAUAUGUUAAAAAUAAUAUCUAUAGUAUUUCCCAUCCCACCCCAAAGAAAAAAAUUCAGUUAUACGGAAACUGAAAGAUACAGGAAGAUCUCUUUAGAAGGGCUAGAGGUGAUUUUAAACCACUACUCUAGAGAAUAUGUAGUAUAGGUUAGAAAAUAUGCUAACACAUCCAAAGGAAUGUCAGCAGGGUUAAAUACCACUACCAGUAAAAUACCAGUAAAGGAGAUUAUGAAAAAUAAAAUAAUUUUCUUAAAAGUAGAUGUCUACUCUCAACUGUAGAACAUAAAAAUGAGUAUAAAGCUUUGUAAAGCUCCAUAUGCAUUUUAAUGAAAGCAAAAAAUAUAAGUUGACAAAUUGCUGAAUAUUAUACUGUUUUGAUUACAUUGUUGGAACAUAAGAAUCAGGAUUGGAGCUUGUUAGUGAAAAAGACUUUCCUGUUCCUGCUUUCUAUGCAUGUAUCCCUCAUUGCCUUUUUAAAAUGAGGCAUGAGGGUGGAGUUGCUGCUGAAAGGAGGAUUGAGUGGAAAUUAGGAACCAUCCCUUGCAAGAGAAGUGCCUGUUUGAGGGCUCUCAGAAGUAGACAUGGGCACGAAUCGAAAUACAAAUCAAAUUUCAUGACGAAUCAGGCCAAUUUGUGUAUUGCGAAAACAGGUUUUGUGGGGCCGCUUUUUUCACAAAAUCCAUUACUUUGGGGGGCGAUUUGUUCAAUUCAUGAAUGCUUUGUGAUGCCAGACAGGCUGGUGCCGAUCCUUUGAUUCCCUACGCAACAUAGGCCCAGAAUGUCUGCAGACUUUUGUUCCUGUGGAAACCCCAAUCUUAGCCCACGUAACCUUGAUAGGCAGCUCUCCCUGCCAACCUGAGAGCUAAGCAAAGCUACAAAUGACAUGGCAGGUCUGCGCGAGUUUAGCUGGGAGUUUACUGUAGUUGGAGACUCCUUCCCCUCUGUUUCCCUUCUCAAUUUUUAAGAACGGGAUGGUGGAGUAGCUGCAGCAGCGGCAGCCUCAGAAGCUCCUUCUGUGACUGCUCACUGCUUGCCAGCUUUAGGAUCCCUUCCCUGACUCUCUACCUCCUGUCCUGCUCCUCUGACAUGCCUUCCCACUUACCCCCACCCCCCAAGCUCCCUGAAGUGGAUCCUGAGCAGAUCCGCUCUGCUUGGCUUUUCCUUGGAGGCAGGGGAGGGGAGGGCAUGUCAGAGCAGCAGGAAGACAGGAAGGAAAAGUCAGCAAAGAGAACCUGAAGAGAGGAAAAGCCAAGCAGAUCCGCUCCGCUUGACUUUUCUUCCAGCAGCGGCAGAAAGCAGGAGGCCGGGAGGAAAAAGUCAGCAAAGAGAGCCUGAAGAGAGCUACUUGGAGGGUGGCUGGAGGAGAGCCUGCUGAAGUCUCCCUGCAAGUUUGGCAUCGCUGGGUAUGAAGUGGGCUGUUGUAGGGCCCCAGGAUCUGACGAAUCAUGAACCUAACAUUGUUUCGCUAAAUGGGACAAUUUUGUGAAAGUUCGUGGUUCAUGGAAUGCAAUGACCUACAAAACUCAGGGUUCAUUUUUUCCCUCUUUCAUGCCCAUCUCUACUCAGAAAUCUGUCCAUUAUUCAGGAAACCCCCCUGAGACACUGGGGAGCAUCAGACAAUCAACUGUAUACAAAGAAUACUGGAAGAAAGAAGAUAAAUUGUAGCAAAGCUUCUAGAAUUGUUUGCCUCAGUCUUUCCUGCAGAAAAUAUUAAAGAAAUACCCAUAUCUGAACAUUUUUAAGGGAAUACAUAAGAACUAAUUCCAGUAGCGACAAAAUAUGAUAAUCUAGACAAGUUAUCAUACUUUGUCACUAUGAAGUUAGUUCUUGAAGAAUAAGAAGCCAUGGUAACUAGAGUAAGAAGUCUGAUAAUUCAUCCAAAAGUUCUUAAAGAACAUAUAUGUGAUAAAAACUAAAUCCAUGGUUUUCACAGGGUAAGAAAAUAAUAGUAUCCUCUAAGACUCAUGUUGAGACUGAUGCUGGUCUCAGUGCUGGCAGGAACUGGAACUUCCUCCGUAGGGAGAUUCAUCUGUCCCCCGCCCCCCCAUUGCUGUCUUCUGUCAGCAGGUGAACAUUUUGUUGUUUCCUCUGGCAUACCCCCAGUAACUGUGACUGGCCCUCCUUCCCAUUCGUUGUGCUGCAUGUUUGUUGAAUUGUUUUUAAUACUAUUUUAAACGUUUCAAAUUGAAAUUGUCUUUAAGUGUUUUAAAUUGUUUUAAUGUUCACCAUCUUGGGGGCCCUAUUUUGAGUAGAAAGGUGGCAUACAAAUGUUUUAAAUAAAAUAAAUCUGGACUUGGGGUGAGCAGUGAGAUAACCAGAAUCGCAAAUAACAUUAGAUUCAGGAUAGUGGAAUCAGAGCAAACUGUAAAUAGCUUCAAAAAAUAUACAGAAUAGUAGAUGAGAUUGAGCAUGAGAUCAGAAUCUUGCACGUGGGGUCAGAAAGGACUGAUUGGAAGGGGAACAAAGGAAAGAUCCACCGCUGCCUUACCCUGACAGAUUACAGGAUCUAGUGUCAUAGCAGGAAUAUUUGGAAAUGGAUUGGCAAUAGCUGCUUGCGUAAUGCCAUUACACCAAAAUAUGGUGUGUCCCAUUUAGAAUUCUUUUCCCCCUUAUAAAAAAGGGCAUCAAUGAUAAUGAGGUGUUGACAUGGGAGAAAAAUGAAUAUUUGAAAGUGUACAUACACAAUCAAGGAACAGGAUGCUAUGUGAAAGAAAACUUUUAUUAUAUAUAAGCCUUUAUUUUCCAAAGUAUGAAGCUUAAAGUGAAAAUUUAAAUACUGAAGCUGUAGGCCUUUUAUGUUUUGAUUUGCGAAAUAAACUUUGAAUUAUAUUAGUAUUUUACUAGUAUUUUAAAGGAUUUAUUUCUGAUAAAGUGGAAUAUAAAUAAAAUACAUGUUCAGGAAAGCCUUGACUAUUAUAUUUGCAGCCUACUCAGAACCCAGUCUGUCUGAAUUCAUUUGGGAUUAUUCUCAGUGAAGUCCAUGUAGGAUUGCAGGAGUUGUGUGUAUAUAUACUACUAAAGUAGAACUGACAUCCAAAUUUAUUGCCACUUCCUAAUUUUAUUAUAGAAAUGUUUAUUCCCUGAGCUUUUUCGUCUGAAAAGACAUGUUUUUUUCUGUUUCUGCAUGAUGAUACUGAGGUCUACUGUUUCUAAGCCUAGAUAAUAAAACUUUUGUCUGUUUA